AUGUUCAGCGUGGCAGAGUGUGCCUGGGGUUGUUUAGAGCAGUCGUUCCCUAAGGAGGCACUGGAGACUUCACAUGUGGCUGCCAGGCAAGAAAAUGCUAAAGACGUCUGUGUCAUCCAGCUACCUCCAGAAAUAAAAUACUGUGAUUAUUUUGUAAUUGUGAGCGGAGCUUCAACACGACAUCUCCAUGCGAUGGCACAUUACAUGCUGAAAAUGUACAAGCAUCACAAAGAACAAAGUGAUCCUCAUACUCAGAUCGAAGGGAGUAGCGUAGUGAUACAUUUCAUGCUGCCAGAGACACGAGAGGCUUAUGAAUUGGAGAAGCUAUGGACUCUUGGUUCCUAUGAUGACCAGUUAGCACAGAUGACUCCACAGUCACUGCCAGAAGACUUUAUAUUUGGACUGACUCCUGACAGCGAUGGUCAUCUUGAGACAAGAACUUAG